AUGGCUGGGUUUGGAACAACAUUCUAUACUUAUAAUACAAACGAAAAUAUGAUCAACAAAUACCUCGAUCUAAUUACAACGCAAUCAACACUCAAAAUACAUGCCUUCAAUGUUGAUUUUAUUGACAAAUAUCUAAAUGAUGGAAUGCGUGAAACAAAGGUAUGGACGAAAAUUCCAGUAUUAAAUACCAAAAUAAUACUAUUCCCAAUACACAUCAAAGAAGAAUGGGCACUGAUAGUUAUAUUUACAAAAAUAAAAACUAUCGCUUGUUAUUAUAACAAGAACCUCAAUUAUGAAUUUGAAAUGGCAGUCAUAAAAAAAUUCUUAAUCAGCCGGCAAACAAUUAUCGGACAUCAUCCAUCGAAAUGGAAAUCAAUUUACUUCCACAUUCCAAAACAAUCAAGUUCGCACAAUUCUGGACCAUGGAUAUUACAUUUAGCAAAAUGUAUAUCAUUCAACAAUACCAACAUCCAACACAAUUACAUGCCGGUAAUCAGGAAAACACAAUAUAAAGAAUUAAUGAUGGACCAAAUCAUAAUCAACGCCGUUGAAGUAUUCAAGACCCCUCCCACAGUAACCACCAAUGACACGGUUCAAAUAAAAAAAAAAAAAUGUCGACCACGCAAAUCAAUCAUGGAUUCAACGGACAAUGGAUUAGCCUCAUCAACAACCAACAUCACGGAGUCAAAUAAGGCCACAGCAGUCUCGUCAGCAAGUCAACCAACAAACAUCAACAAUCAACGUCACGGAUUCAACCAAGAGAGCAGCACAUUCCAACCCAUGCACCAACAUCAACACCAACCACAUUGUCAAUAA